AUGAAAACAGAAUCAGAUAAUGAAAUAGAGACUCUAUAAACCAUGUGGAAAAACAUUAAACAACGCAUGGAAUCCAAACACGAUGAUUCAGAUAUUUUGCAAUAGCCUCCACAACAAAUUACGAUCAAUAGCCCAUAUGCAGCUAAGAAUUAUCAAGUGUAAAUUUAAGCUUUGCAAGAUGAAUUGUUCUAAAAAAAUACCAAACUAAUAACUGCUCAAUAGUAAUUGAAUCAAAUUAGCGAUGAAAAUUCAUAAUUAUAGGAUGAAUUGGAGUAAGUGAAAGUUGAAAAUUCGUUAAUGAAAUAGAAGUUAGAGUUGAUUGAAUCCUAAAUAGAUUCGAUCUAAGCUGACAAAGAUAGUCUAAAAUUAAUAAGAUUAGAGAACGAAUAGUUGAGAAUGGAUGUAAAAAAAUUGCUUGAAUUAUUGAGAAAUACAAAAGAAUACAACAACAUAGGUUUUGAUGAAAGUCAAUCUUAUGUUAAAGGCAGUGUUAAAUUUGACACUAGAAAAUCCAAGUUAAAUGAAACAAAUUGGGUGCCCACCAAAUGCAUUGAAUUGAUGUAAGAUUAUGACAAUAAGGAAGAAGUCUUGUUAUAAUUAAGUAGCUAAUUUCAAAAUUGUUACUAAGAUAAAAUAAAUAAAUUGAAGUAGUCAUCUUAAUAAGAAAUUGAAUAAUUAAAAAGGUAAUUAGAUAGCAGAACAACAGUCGAUGGAGUGUUAUAAUAAAAGCAAAUAGAAAGGCUGAAAAAAUAAAAAAAUGCAAGUGGCAAAGAUAAAGUGGACAUCUCUUAAUUGCAAGAUUGUUUUAACUUGAUCAAAUAAAAGGAAUAAUAGAUUUUAGAACUUUAGUAAAAGAUCCAAGAAAUGAGUUAGUAAAUGAAUGCAGAUGAAAAUUACAGCAGUAUGAAAAAGCAAGUAUUCAUAGAAGGGGCUUAAUGGAUAUUGGCUAAAAUAUUGGAUGAAGUAGUUGCCUAUGAAAUCAGUUUGAAUGAAUUAAACUAUGAUGUAGCAAUCAAAAUAGAAAGUCUAAUGAGUUCAGAGGAUAUUGUUUAAUAAUAAAUCAUAAACAAGGUUUAUUAUUGGAUAACUGAUACUUCAAGAGAGUUAAUUGACACAUUCAAAGAUAAGUUAUAAUCAAUUAUGAAUACUACAAAUAGUAGGAUAUAAUAGUUAUGA